AUGGCCGCUGAUGGAGCUGGAGAAUUACUUCAGGCCAAGGUGUCGACUAGUGCAUCAUCGGUCUCAAAGGAAGCUACAGAGCACGAUACCCUGAAAUACCAUCUACUCGGGCCUUCUUUGACAAAGGCUGGGCAAGACACCGUUGACCAACAGAAGGUUUCCGAGGUCAUUUACAAUGCGUCCAAAGGCUCUAAAUUUUUCAACAACGAAGAAGUGAAGGACAAGAAUCUGACUCAGAAGAUCGAAAGAAUUCUGGUGAAGAAACGUCAACUAGAGCGUCUAGACUUGGCGUCAGAUCGCCGAAGAGCGGACGACUACAUUACAGAAUUAGAAAUGACCAGGGACCUGUCCCAAACGGUCGUACAUAUCGAUUGUGAUGCCUUCUACGCAGCAGUGGAGGAGUUAGAUCGUCCAGAGCUCAAGGACGUUCCUAUGGCAGUGGGAAAAGGCGUGCUUACAACCUGCAAUUACCAUGCUCGCAAAUUUGGUUGCCGGUCUGGCAUGGCUGGCUUCGUGGCCCAGAAGCUGUGUCCAGAUCUAAUCUCCCUACCGUUGAACUUUGAGAAGUACACGGCCAAGGCACAAGAGAUUCGUACAAUAUUGGCUGAGUACGACCCAAGGUUUGAAAGCGCCAGUAUUGACGAGGCCUAUCUCAACAUCACUGAUUAUUGCAAUGAAAAUGACCUGAAACCUUGGGAUGCUGUCAUGCAAUUGCGUGCCGAAGUCCAUGAAAAAUGUCGCAUAACCAUCUCAGCAGGCCUAGCCCCAAACGCCAAAAUCGCAAAGGUGGCUUCCAACCGCAACAAGCCCAACGGCCAGUUUAUGGUUACAAACGACAGGGUGACGGUACUUGCCUUCAUGCGUGACCUUCCCACUCGGAAGGUCAACGGCAUUGGCCGAGUGUUUGAACGUGAAUUGGACGCCAUAGGAGUGAAGACAUGCGGUGAUAUAUACUCAUUUAGGCAGUAUCUCUCCAAGCUCUUCGGUGAAAAGGCAUUUCAGUUUCUUAUGCAGACCUAUCUCGGUCUUGGAAGGACCAGUGUGCAGCCAGCAGAGGACUACGAGCGUAAGAGCGUUGGCACAGAGAGCACAUUUCGGGACAUGUCAGACCCCAAUGAGCUGCGUGACAAGCUCCGUUGGAUUGCGGAGGAGCUUGAAAAAGACAUGACACGUACACAGUUCAAGGGUAGAACGCUGGUGCUCAAGAUCAAAUUAUAUACGUAUGAAGUCUUGACUCGGCAAUUUGCCCCUCCAAAGGCGGUCUGUAGUGCAGACGACCUCUACAACUACGCUCUGCCCAUGUUUGCAAAAUUGGAGAAAGAGAUCCCGACAAUGAAAUUACGACUCAUGGGCCUCCGCUGUACUCAUCUUGUGUCGACGAAAAAGCCAGAGAAGGACUUUUUUGGAAUGGGUCUUCAACGGUUUUCAUCGACAGACAGUCACGAUUCUGAUGGGAACAAUUCCUCAAGAACGGUCACGGACAACAAAGGUGAAUGGCAAGUCUGGCCCGAUUCUGAAUUCGAAGCCUCCGAACGCCAAGAGAGACAAGCCGAGCUCGAAGAAGCUGAGAGAUUGAGCCAAGAAUAUGCUCAGCAGGAAUGCAACGAAGAAGAAGCCCUGGAAGAAGCAAACAGGAGGCGUAAGCACGGACGUGAAAUUCUCCCAAAUCCAAUACCAAGAGAAAAGGGGGGACAGAAGCUGGACAGUGGGAUUGGCUUUCGGAAGCCUGAAACUGGUUACAAAAAGCCUGAGCCAGACAAGCCUGUCAAAGAAGUGUGGAGAUGCCCUGUAUGCCAGAGGCCACAGGAUGCAGAUGAAAGAAGCUUCAAUGAGCACGUCGAUUUCUGUCUGAGUAAGCAGGCAAUCAAAGAAACGGCCCAGGAGCAUUUUCCGCUCCCACUACAGGCGGUAGCCCUGAGAGAAACGGCUGGUCGAGAGAACGCGAACGAAAGGCGCAGAGGCAGGUCCAGUCACAAGCGAAAGCUCGAUCCCGCAGAUCGAGGGAUGAAAAAGCUGUGCUCUGGGGUUGCAGAAAAAGGCUGA